UGAAUAAUUUUCCAAAAUUGAGAACCGCAGCCAUGAUAUAAUAAAUGUGUAUGAAAAAUGUUGAUUUGCGACGUUUGUCUGUUGGUGCGUUUCGUAAUGUUGUCGUUUUUACUCGAAGUGAGUCGCUGAUGUCGCUCGGGUUUGACUAGCUUGUUGUAUCCGCCAUUUUACAUUCACCAUUGAAAGGUGAAAACCCUUCUCAAUGUAUGCGUUUAAAGUGUAAUAUUUGUGGGUUCUAAAUAAAAUUUGAGUGCUUGAAAUGUGCAAAUUUAUAAUGGAUCAACCAUGACGCAUCCAAACCAUCUAACGAACGGUGCAAGUUUAGAGGAUUGUCAUACAAACUUCUUUGCCUUGACCGAUCUAUGCGGCAUAAAAUGGCGUAAAUUAGUAUGGGGCGAAAGCACUGCCACAGAGCCAUUAGAAGAUCCCGUGCUGCGAAGUUACUCACGUUGUCUGGCCAGCGACAUCUUAUGUGUUUGGCGACGUGUAGCAACACCACCGCCACCACCUCCACCGUCUGCUAAUAAUGGUGCUGGUGGUGGAUUAUUUGAUUCACUCACAUCAUUACAACCAACAGUUACGUCCGCUUCACACAACGUGCAGCAACCACCACUUAGUCUAGCUGCUGCCAAAGAACUAUGGAUUUUUUGGUACGGUGAAGAACCCGAUUUAUCGGAACUUGUUUCACCUGAAUUACUAUCAUCCGAGGGUGAACAAGGAUCAUGGGAAAGUGGAUUAAGUUACGAAUGUAGAUCACUUCUUUUCAAAGCUCUUCAUAAUUUAAUAGAAAGAUGUCUUUUAUCGCGAGAUUUUAUCAAAUUAGGAAAAUGGUUUGUUCAACCUUAUUCAGCAGACAACAAAACAACGGGUGCAAGCUCAACCCAUUUUUCAUUUUCAUUUGCAUUUUUUGUACAUGGAGAGAGCACUGUGUGUGCAAGUGUGGAUGUUCGACGGCAUCCGGCUGUAAGGCGAUUAGGACGAAAACAUCUGUUACAAGCACAAACUGUACCAACAGCAUUACCGGUAAUAUUAGCACCCUUUGGAUUGGCUGGGGUACUAACUGGACAAGCAUAUCGGGCAGCCGAUUGGACUACACGAUUACUUGAAGAUUGGAAACGAUUCUUUCCAUUAGAUUAUCGAUCUCCAAUCCGUGGUGAUCCAGAUGCACCACCACCUAUCGUCGAAGUGCUUGUUGGUGGGAUGAAGAUGCGAUACCCUUCAUGUUAUGUCUUAGUAACAGAUAUGGAUGAAGAUCCCACCACAUCUCCUGUUACAACUCCAUCAACAACUCCAACCCCAUUCUCCACUUCACAGUCUUCAGUUACCACAACCAAAUCUACAGCUAUUAUUGAUGAAUAUGCAAGUGAACUUCCAGAAAGUGUAUGGCAAGAAUGCAUACAUGGCAUUCCUCAAGCUGCUACUCUACCACUUGACGAAAUGAAUGACGGCCAUUGGGAUUUCACUGAACCUACAAAUCGAGUAAAUUGUACAUGCGCAAAAUGUAGAAAAUACAUUGGUUCAUCUAAAUGGUCAUCUGGAAAAUCCUCAAGCAAAAGUGGCAGUGGGGAUAAAGGUAGCUCUAAAAGCAGUGGUAAAAUACCAUUUCAUAGGCGUUCGCCCCCGCUACCUUUACCGGAGUUUACUCCACCCCCUGUGGACAGGCAACAACAACCUGAAUCAAGUACUACACCCCAAGGUGGACCACCAUCAUAUUCCAGAAAUCAAACUGAUUCAUUACCACCAAUGCCAAGCGUAGGAUCACCACCAUCUGCAGCACCAUCACCACUGCCAAAUCCAAAUUCACAACAACCAACGUCAGUGGGUGGUUGUGGGGGUGAGCACACGAUGCCCACAUUAUCCCCACAACACAUAUCAGGAGCACCAGCUUCAGCUGGUCCACCAACCCAAGUGCAUACACCAACACCUCCAGCGAGUAUUGAACCACGACCAAGUGUAUCGUCAGUAGCAGCUACAUCAAACACCAGCACACCAGUAAACUCAUUGUCGACGUGCAAUAAUAAUCCUAAUAAUAAUAAUAGUAAUACAAAUACAAAUAACAAUAAUGUGACUGUUGUACCAUCAUUUAAAAGACCGGUACUUUCAUCACGAGACUAUGAGACAGCUAUUUUAGAAGAUGAACAGCCCUUAGAUUUACUUUAUGAUUAUACAACAUUAGAAGCAUGGUUACAUCAUCCGGUAAAACGAUUUAAAGGUGAUACAUCGAUCAGUUGGAAAAGUAAAAAUGGUGAUUUAUAUGCGAAUCAAACACAUAGUAAUGGACCAACAACUUUCUCAGAAACAAAUAAUGAUGUGAAUGGUUGUGGAAAUAUAUUCAUUAAAACUGAAAUUAAAAAAGAACCGAUUGAUUGUAUGGUUGACAGUAAUCAACCGUUGACGACAGGACAGAAGAGACCAGGUGAUCCUUACGAUUUUGAUGAUCAUGAAAAUGUAACAGGAGCAUCUCAUAUAGACGGUUUUAAACGUGGACCAUUAGCUGUUGUCAAAGAAGAAAAUAAAGAUGGUAAACCGAACGUUGAUUUAUUUACAGCGGAAGGUUUGCAACCCUCAUACAAAGAUUUGGAACAAAUAUUCGAUAACUCCGAUGAUACAAGUAGUGAUGAUGCACUACAAGUACAUACACCGCCAGGAUCAAAUAAAUCGAUUGGGGCAUUAGAGGAUACAAAACGUAUAUUAAAUUCACACACAAGCAGUUCGGGAAUACUUCGACAAGAAGAAUUGUCAAAAAUGUUCCCAACACCUCCGUCAUUGGAACAUAAUCCUGUAGCUUCACCAUGUGGCCAAUUAGAUUUCGGUACAAAUAAUCUAGAAUCAAUUGAAAUUAAACAGGAAAUAUAUCCAUUAAUGGGUAGUCCACGGGAAGAGGCAAUCGAUGAUUGGUCUUACGUAUUCAAACCACCAGUUAUAUGUAAAAUGGUGGGAUCAUCGAAAUAUGCACCAUUAACAAAUCUCCCAAGUCAAAAUUUACCACCUGUGGUGUUCCCACCUCAUUGUGUUUAUAAGCCAUCUUGGCGAAAAGCUGCACAACAACCUGUAGUAAAUAAUGUAAAUAAUACACCAUCAACCACACACCCACCUACCACAAGUUUACCUCGACGAACGCCUUGUCCACCCCUACCACCCCCACCACCGUAUGAAUUACCAAGUCCGGCAACAUCAACAGCAUCAUCUUAUCUCAAUAAAACGUUGAAUUCUGUGGAACCAGCAACCCCGUCACUUCAAAGACAACCCGAAGCUGACUCACUAAUUGUAAACAUUCUGUUGGCUGAUACCGCGCUAAAUAUAUUUCGUGAUCAUAACUUCGACAGUUGUACUUUAUGUGUGUGUAAUGCUGGACCAAAAGUAGUUGGAAAUAUAAGAGGUGCAGAUGCUGGAAUGUACUUGGUACCUGCUCUACCACCUGGUUCUCCAAUGGGAGGCGGAGGAGGGGGAAUGGGUGGCCAAUAUUCAAGUGGGAUGUCACCACCACAACAUCAUAAUUCUGGAGGCUACAUGUCUACCGAUGAUGAUUUAAUUCGAUGCAGUUGUGGUUUCUCAGCAAUCGUAAAUCGAAAAUUAUCUCAUCGAUCUGGAUUAUUCUACGAAGACGAACUUGAAAUCACUGGUAUUGCAGAAGAUCCUGCUGAACGUAAAAAACCAUCAUUAUUAACAAGUUUACUGACAAGUGUAAAUCCUGAAAAUAAGGAGCAGAUCGAUACAGUACCACAAAACAUAAUCGAAAUGAUACGCGAACAAUGUGUUAUAGUACAAUCUAGUAGUAAUUCCUUAUUCCGUGCAUCAAAAAUGUUUAAAGGAAAAUCAUCCCCACAUUUCACAUCCACCGUCAAUGUUUUAGAAUUAAAUGACGGUAAUGAAAUUACAGCAUUGGCAUUAGAUGGUAAAUCUACUAGCGGGUCUAUGUACGUACAUAGGUGGCCGUUUUUACGAGCGGCAGGUCCGCAUUGUAAUCAAGAUAUUGUACGCGUUAUGAGAACUUUACAGCCGUUAUUACAAGAAGCAAUUCAAAAGAAAUGUACGACACGAUUAUGGGAAGCACCGUAUACAGUAAAAGGACCAUUAACAUGGCGACAAUUCCAUAGACUUGCAGGUAGAGGUACUGAUGAUCGAUGUGAACCACAACCAAUACCAUCACUGAUUGUUGGACACGAUAAAGAUUGGUUAUCGUUAUCACCAUUUGCACUACAACAUUGGGAUAAAUUCCUUUUAGAGCCGUAUUCAUAUUCACGUGAUAUUGCAUAUAUCGUGGUUACACCAGAUAAUGAUGCAAUUAUAACGAAAGUGAAGAAGUUCUUCAAGGAAUUAAGUACGGCGUAUGAGGAUUGUAAACUUGGCAAACAUAGUCCAAUCACAAAAGUUUUACGGGAUGGUAUUCUUCGUGUUGGUAAAUCAGCGAAAACAAAAUUAGCUGGAGAACCAAUUGACGAAUGGUUUAAUGCUCUUGGUGAUAAUAAAACAUCAGAUAUGAUCAAAUUAUAUGCACAGGUUUGUCGACAUCAUUUAGCGCCACAUUUAUGCCAAGUACCUAUGGAUAGAACAUUAUUGGAAUCACCAGAAGGACCUUCGACAAAUAAUUCAGUAACGAUAGUUCCAUCAUCUACCACCAGUAAUGAUUCUACUACACCAGCUACACCAAAAAGUGAAUCGGGUUCAAGCGAAAUUGAUUCAUUUAACACGUCAACAACACCAGCAUCCCUCGGUGACAUGGCUCACGAUGAAGAUGAAGGGCAACCGCCGUCAAUUGUUAUUUAUUUAGUAGAACCAUUUACGACGGGUACAGAUCGGCCUGAAUUACAACGUUUAGCGUGUCUUUCGCUACUACGAUGCUUUCAGUCUGUAUUAAAUGCUGUACCAGAACAUGUACGAUCGAAUGUUAGUGUGCAAAUAAUAUCUCAAGAAAGUAUAAUUGAUAUGGGUAAAAAUCGAAGUCGUGCUAAACAGAGUGAUCAUAUGAAAGCGUUAGCUUUGAAUGUGUUCUCACAAUGUAGGCGUUUACUUGUACAUACAUCAAAUAUUAAAUCAUUAACUGGAUUUGGAACCGCAGCAAUGGCAGACCUUUUUCUUAAAAAUAAAGACGAUAAAAAUCGCGCACCAUAUAAACUAUAUACACCACCUUAUAUUCUUGCACCUUUAAAAGAACGAACUGAAUCAGCUGAAUCAUUUGGACAAAUAAGUAGUGAAGAAUGUUCCGUUUUGUACCUGAGUUAUUGUUUAUCAGAAGAUCAAAGUUGGUUACUGGCGGUAGCGACAGACGAACGAGGGGAAAUAUUAGAAACAUGUGUUAUAAAUAUUGAUGUUCCAAAUAGAAGUAGAAGAAAAAAGGCAUCAGCACGGCGUAUGGGAUUACAAAGACUAAUGGACUUUACAUUAGGUGUGAUGUCACAAAGUGUUCGGCCAUGGCGAUUGGUUGUUGGACGAAUAGGUAGAAUAGGGCAUGGUGAACUUAAAGGAUGGAGUUGGUUGUUAAGUCGAAAAGCAUUAAUAAAAGCAUCGAAACAUUUAAAAGAAAUAUGUGAUCAGUGUUCUUUGAUGUACCCCAGUGGUGUUCCCUGUAUAUUAAGUGCUUGUCUUGUUAGUAUAGAACCAGAUUCUGCUCUUAGAUUAAUGCCAGAUCAAUUCACUCCUGAUGAACGAUUUAGUCAAGCGAGUGUUAAUUGCCAGUUAUCAACACCACACGAUGUUAGUUGCACACACAUAUUAGUUUUUCCAACAAGUGCAACCACACAAAGUUCGCAAACAGCUUUCCAUGAACAGCAUAUCAAUGGUCCAGAACUUGGUGACGAUGAAUUAUUCAGUGCAUUAAAUGAUGAUGAUAUGCCUGAGGGUAUUGAUGGUAUGAAUGAUUUUAAUGAAAUAUUCAAUGGUUGGCCAGAAACUGGACCUGGUGGUGGACUCAGCCCAAACGGUAGUCCACGAAGAGAAAGUGGUAGCCCCAGUCCGGGAAGUCCUAGUAUGGGUGGUACUGGUCGCAGUCCAUUUCCUUGUGGAGAUAAUCGUGGCAGUGGUGAACAACAAGAAGAAGUGGGAACAUUAUUACAGCAACCUUUGGCACUUGGGUAUUUAGUUUCCACUGCACCCACUGGUCGAAUGCCAACAUGGUUUUGGGCAUCAUGUCCUCACUUAGAAUCAGUUUGUCCCACAUUCCUUAAGAAUGCAUUACAUUUGCACAGUCCUUCUAUUCAACAAAAUUCAGAUGAUUUAUUACAGCAGCAAUCCUCAGUGACAGUGCAUCCUUUAGAUUCUCAGUUUACCACAGAUGUAUUAAGGUACGUGCUUGAAGGAUACAAUGCACUAUCAUGGCUUGCACUCGAUUCGAAUACACAUGAUCGAUUAUCCUGUCUACCAGUACAUAUUCAGGUGUUAAUGCAGUUAUAUCACAUGACUGCAUCGUUAUUAUAAGUUUCACCAUAACAAUUCUAAAAACAAAACAAAAAAUUAAAAAAAAAAACAAAAACAAACAAAAGAUAUUGUAAAUUUUACAUUUUAUAAAAAAAAACAAAUUUAAUGAUAACUUACCAAAACAACAUUUUUUCACAUUUUAACAUCAUCAUUUCCUCAUCAAAUUCAUUCAAUGUUUUUAUCACAUUAUUAUUAUAUUCACAAAAAAAAAAAAAAACAAAAACCAAAAAAAAAAGUUUUACCCAUUUGUAUGUAUUGUGUAGUGUUGUUACAAAAGCCCUUUUCUUCUUCUCUCUUCAUUAUCUGAUCAUGUUUUUAAAGAAAAAGUAAAUUUUUAAUAAUUAAUAUAUUGAUUAUUAACUAAAUACUAUUUAUUAAUACGAGAUCUAUUUACUUAUACGAGUAUGUACCGAUAUACAGGGUGUCCGUAACUUGAUGGACAUAGCUUAGCGGUGUUUUUUUUGACAAUUUUAAGUCGCCCAAGGUACUUUUGUCCAAAACCCAAUAGUUAAGAAGCUAUAUGCACUAUUUAUCCAAUAAAGUAAAGGCAUUGUUAAGUAAAGUAGUUUAAUAUUUUAUUAAUUACAAAUUUUUGUAUUGCUAACACAAAUGUCCCCCCGCUGCCUCAUAACACAUUAUUGUUCUUCUAGUAAUUGAAGAGCAAUAAUGUGUUAUGAAACAACGGGGAACAUUUUGAACCAAAGUUUUUUUUUGAUUUUUUAAUUACAUUUGUGUUAGCAAUACAAAAAUAUUUAAUAAUAAAACAUUAAACUACUUUAUUUCAAUAAUAUCCUUACUUUAUUGAUUAAAUUUAAUAUUUCACAUAGCUCCUUAACUAUUGGGUUUUGGACAAAAAUAUAAAAGGUAUUUACGACUUAAAUUUGUCCAAAGAAUAUGCUCUUACACUAUGUUCAUCGAGUCAGGGACAUCUUGUAUACGUUGUGAGUUCUGUUCAAUUCAGUGUUAAAUUUUCAUAAAUGUCUCCCUAAUAUCUCGAUAUUCAACCACAUGUCCGAUUCGAAAAAACUAACAAAA